AUGAAACACUACCACUUUGAAAGCAAGCCUGUGGCGCAUCCCGAUGCUCUCGUCUCUGGGCCUCACUACCGCUUCAGCAUCCUCACCGACCGUCUGAUCCGAUACGAAUGGUCAUAUGACGGCAAAUUCGAGGAUCGAGCCUCUACCUUUGCUAUCAACCGCGAGUUUCCCGUACCCAAAUUCCGGGUGGUCGACAGGCCUGAAGAGCUCGAGAUCAUCAACGAUCACUUCCACCUGAGCUACGACAAGAAGCGUUUCAGCGCCAGCGGCCUGCUGUGCAGCUUCUCAGCUAAGGUUACCCUAUGGGGAGCGCAGUGGCGGUUCGGUGCCGAGCCCAGCCAUGGCCGUCGGGAGAAUCUGGGCGGGACGGCCAGGACGCUGGACGAGGUUGACGGGCGAUGUGACAUGGGCAACGGCGUGCUGUCGAGGUUUGGCUACGCCUCACUCGACGACAGCAAAUCGAUGCUGUUUGAUGGCCAGGGCUUCGUGGCCGGUCGACGACCCGGUGAUCGCAUCGAUGGAUAUCUCUUCUGCCAUGGGCACGACUACAAGGGUGCAAUUCGGGACUUCUAUGCCGUCAGUGGCAAACAGCCACAACUCCCCCGAUGGGCUCUCGGAAAUUGGUGGUCGAGGUACUACAAGUACCGUCAGGACGAGUACAUCGGCUUGAUGGACCAAUUCAAAAGCAAAGAAGUUCCUUUGUCGGUCGCCGUCGUUGAUAUGGAUUGGCACAUGGUCGAUGAUCCUCAAGUCCCCCAUGCCGGGUGGACGGGCUAUACCUGGGACAAGAAGCUGUUCCCGGAUCCCGCGACGUUUGGACGGGAGAUCCAUAGUCGGAACCUGAAGAUUACUCUCAACGACCAUCCACACUCCGGCAUCCAUUGCCACGAAGAUUCGUACAACGAGAUGGCCAAGUUCCUGGGCCACGACACCUCCAACAAGAAUCCCAUCUUGUUCGAUCCGACAAGUCCCAAGUUCAUGGAAGCAUAUUUGGGAAUCCUCCAUCGCGACAUUGAGAAAAUCGCCUGUGACUUUUGGUGGAUUGACUGGCAACAGGGCUCGCAUACCAAGGUGCCAGGGGUCGACCCUCUGUGGCUGCUCAAUCAUUUCCAUUUCCUCGACAACGCCCUCGACGGCAAGCGUCCGCUCAUCUUUUCGCGGUACGCUGGCCCCGGCAGCCAUCGCUACCCCGUGGGCUUCUCGGGGGACACGGUGACCACAUGGGCCUCGCUGGAGUUUCAGCCCGAGUUCACCGCCACGGCGUCGAACAUCGGGUAUGGGUGGUGGAGUCACGACAUUGGCGGCCACUUUUUCGGCAAACGCGACGACGAGCUGGUGACGCGAUGGGUGCAGUUUGGCGUCUUCAGCCCGAUCAUGCGCCUGCACUCCUCCAACUCACGGUGGACGUCCAAGGAGCCCUGGCUGUAUCGCAAGGAGAGCGAAGAUGUUAUCGAGGAAUUCAUGCGCCUUCGCCAUCGCAUGAUCCCUUACCUCUACACGUGCAAUGUCCGCGCCUCGACCCAGGACGAGCCGCUCGUGCAGCCGAUGUACUGGCUGUUCCCCGAGCGCGGCGAGGCUUACCAGGUGCCCAACCAGUACUUCUUUGGCUCGGAGCUCGUCGUGGCCCCGAUCGUGAAGCCUCGAGACCCGCGCACGAAUCUGGGGUGCGUCAAGGCCUGGCUGCCGCCGAUGCAUCGCCACGUGGACAUCUUCACCGGAACCGUCUACGACGGGAAUCGCGAGUUGAACAUGUAUCGGCCAUUGCACGAGAUCCCGGUGCUGGCUCACGAGGGCAGCAUCAUUCCUCUGGACGCGAACAAGGCACCCGCCAACGGUGGUCUCAACCCCGAACACUUCGAGGUGCUCGUGGUCAUCGGCCGCAACGGACAGACGUCCAUCCUCGAAGAUCCCGCCGACGACUCCGACCAGGUCAAGAAGGAGAGUCCCCAGACCGGCGAGCGCGGCUCCCUCAUCCAAUAUGACCAGGCGAAGGGCGAACUCACCGCCCACGUCACGGGGCGGAUAUGGAGUUUCCGUUUCCUCGCGAUGACCGAGAUUCCCCCAGACCUGAAAGUCACGGUGGACGGGCAAGACCGCACCAAGGACACCGAAGUCGCCAUCUCCACGUUCCCGGACACGCCGUCCAUGCUCGUGCACGUUCCGCCCGCGCCGCACAUGGACAAGUACACCAUCACGGUGUCCCUGGGCCGCCGCGACCCGCAGCUGAGCGUGCUGGACCACAAGCCGCGCAUCGAGAAGCUGCUGCUGGACUACCAGACCGAGUUCGACAUCAAGGACCGGAUCUGGAGCAUCGUGGACGACCGCGAAAGCGCCAUUAACGUCAAGAUCGGCAAGUUGAUGAGUUUGAGCGUGGACGAGACCUUGACCGAGCCCAUUGCCGAGUUGAUCCUGAGCGAUGUCCGAGGCAUGCAUUUGUGA